AUGUCUACUAGAGAUUCACAUUUCUCCUUUAUACAUCUUGAAGACCCCAAUCAUGUAUUGUACAUGGAAAAGUGGAACGAAGAACCGAUACCAUUCGAUGACAUAGACACGCAUGCGCUCUUCGAAGCAACUGCCAACUUAUUUCCCCAAUAUUUGCUUGAGGAGGAAGAAGAUGGCGGUAUACCUAUAUCCUCUUCAACUAUUGGUGCAAAGAUAUUUAAGGACAGAAAAUUGCUAAAGGAACGCACUUGGACUGAUAUAGGAAUAUACGAAAGGUUUCUGAAGACUACGGGAUCACUGCAAAGAGAUGAAACCAUCUUGAAACACAUAUACACCAACUCAGAUUCUGUCGAUGAAUUCACUAUUGCAGAUUUCUUAUCAAAUGGAUACGAGGCUGAUGAAGAUAGGGAUCAGGAUCCUGGAUCUCCAGAUAUGGUUAAUGAUAGCAUAAUGGGAGGAACAGGUGAUUUGUCUUUGAACUCAACUUCAGAUUUCAUUGGGCCUUCUUCUAAUACAUUCACUAUGAACCCUACAAGGUCAGUGUCUAAUUCCUCAACCAACCAAAUUCAAACUCCACGACCACCAAGAACUAGGCAGCCAUCUAGCGAUAGGAACUUCCAAACUCCAAUUACAAGAAUAAUUCGAUAA